AAGGGGCGGAGGAGGAGGGGGGAAGGCUCUUCCCCGCCCCCUUUCCAGCAACCCCGCAGCGCUGCCUGCCGGAGAGCGGGGCGACUUCCAGUCGAGAGAUGGCGGCCACCGCGGGCAGAUCGCUGCUGCUCCUCCUCCUCUCCCGGACUCCCGGCGGCGGAGGAGGGGCGGCGGCGCUGACAGCCGCCGGCUGCUUCCCAGCGCUGGGCAGGCACCGCCAGCAGCCGCCGCGGCACAGGACGGUACACCAAAGGCUUCUUCCAUGGCAAAGUAUGAGAGUGGUCUAUUGCAGUACUGUAGUGCCCUCUGAUGAUGUAACAGUGGUUUAUCAAAACGGGUUACCUGUGAUAUCUGUGAAUCUUCCAUCCCGCCGUGAGCGUUGCCAGUUUACACUUAAGCCUAUCUCAGACUCCGUUGGAGUAUUCUUACGACAGCUGCAAGCAGAGGACCGGGGAAUCGACCGAGUCGCAAUCUAUUCACCAGACGGCACACGAGUAGCCUCUUCAACGGGCAUAGAUCUUCUACUCCUUGAUGAUUUCAAACUAGUAAUUAAUGACUUGACUUACCAUGUUCGUCCACCAAAGAGAGACCUUCUAAGCCAGGAAGAUGCAACCACGCUGAAUGAUGUAAAGACACUGGUUCAACAGCUGUACACUACGUUGUGUAUUGAGGAACACCAGCUGAAUAAGGAGAAGGAACUCAUUGGACGGCUAGAAGACCUCAAGCAGCAGCUAGCUCCCCUGGAGAAGGUUAGAAUGGAAAUCUGCAGAAAAUCAGAAAAGAGGACCACCUGGGUGCUGUGGGGUGGGCUGGCUUACAUGGCUACUCAGUUUGGGAUUCUGGCCCGACUCACUUGGUGGGAGUACUCUUGGGACAUUAUGGAGCCUGUUACCUACUUCAUCACGUACGGUAGUGCCAUGGCAAUGUAUGCAUACUUCGUAGUAACGCGCCAGGAGUAUGUAUACCCAGAUGCCAGAGACAGGCAGUUCUUAUUAUUUUUCCAUAAAGGAGCCAAAAAGACACGUUUUGACCUAGAAAAAUACAAUCAACUCAAGGAUGCGAUUGCUCAGGCAGAAUUGGAUCUUAAGAGGCUUCGAGACCCCUUGCAGGUACAUUUGCCUAUCCGACAAAUCAGCACUAAAGACUGAUUAGCUGAGGACCUCUGAUCCCUGGCAGAAAUGGCAAAGCCUGUUCAUAUCUCUUGCCUCUUCAAUUAAAGCAUUGUGGUGGAAGCUGGAAGGUCUCCUGGGGGCGGAGGACUUUUUUUUCUUACCAGUAAACAAGCAGAACAAGGAUCUUGGCUGGGGAGGGGGUCAUUGUGUUUAAUCUGAAGAUCAGGCACUGUGGGAUGUUAAGUCUUUCCAAAGGGCUUGGCGAAUAUUGUCACAUUCAAGCGUUCUUUGUUUCUAGACGAAAAAAAGACAUAUUUAAAAGUCAGGUGUUUUGAGAGCAGAAUGUUAGGAGGGGCAAAUUUCCCCAGCUUUGCAGUGUCUGCCUCUUGAUGAUGCACCAGCAGCCUGCUCAGCUUUUUGUUGUUUUUUUAUUUUUUGGGGGGGGGGCGGGAAACAAAAAACACCCUAUUUCAGAACACCAGUAAAUCAUAGUGAAAAUGAAAAAAGCAAAGAAGAAAAAAAUCAAGCCAUCUUAAGAAGCUGUAGCUGGUGAUCGGAACUAGUGCUCUCCUUUCACAUACCGUAUGCUCCAGUUUGGGUCUUAUUGGUGUCAUCAACGUGCACUCUAGAUUGGACCUACAAUGUCUUUUAUGACAUGAAUAUGAAGCUGGAAAGAUCAGGAGCUCCCCCUCCCUGCUCACUUAUAGACAGCCAGAUUUCCUCCUUUUUACUAGGUGAGGACCACAUUGAUCAGUUUUAUCAGAACCACAAAGUAAAUAACUCUUACUCCGAACGUUUGAUAAUUGAUCACUUUGCAUUACUCUUAAAUAACUUCAGUAGAUCGUACUGCCCUGGAUCUACUUCUAGAUAUAAAUGGUGAUGUUGCAUGAAACAAUUUCUUAUUCAGUCUUAAGGGAGCAAUCUUUCCCCCCCUUCCCCCCCCCCCCCCCCGGCUACCCUUUCCAUCCCAAAUCUGGUGGCCACUGGGAUUACCAAAUUAAAAGGGUGUUUUUUUAAAAAAAAAUAUGGGGGUGGAUGGAAUAAUUUUUUUAAUGGGAACUUAGCUCAAAAUCAUUGCUUUCGAACCCAGCAGUGUAGAAUGGGGAUAAUUAAAUUUGAUGUUUGCAACUUUGCAUAGCAGAAUGAGUUAUGUGUCUUGAUGAGAUUGCCUGUCCUGGAGGCUUUAUCAGAAGCCUGAGGGAGAAGAUAAAUGAGGAAUUCCAUGUUGCUUCUCAAUCUCAAGUCCUCUUUAAAGUAGCUUUAAAUGAAUGCUCUGAUGCUUUAAGGGUCAGGGUUUCAAUGAGGUGACAGAGAUAGCAAUGCCCUUCCUUAUUUAAACACUUAAGGAAAUGGCUCUCCUCACCCUCCACCUCUUGCAAACCAGCUGAGGUUUUUUUUUUCCAUGCGGGUCUCGCAUCCUGCACUGAGUAGAAUCGGCCUCUGACCAUCCUGUUUGAUAAAAGCCUGCGAGGACAGGAUGGAGGUCGGAGAAGGGAUCUGAGCUCAAUUUGCAGAAAGGCCGGGUGUUUCCUUUUCAGCUCGCUACUUCUCACUGUGUCAAGGCGAGAGGCUCCCACUUUCUGGAGAACCAUGUUUUAAAGUGUACAAAAUAAAUAUAAACCAGACGCCAGGUGCCUUGCAGCUGUGGAAACACAAGAUGGGAUUGUUGCCGCCGCCUCUCCCUCAAUGGCAUGUUGGACUGAAUGGAUGCAUGUUCCAAGAUGUUUUUCUCUCACCACUUUUCUUCCUUCCUCUCUCCCUCCUUCCCUCUCUAACUUUCUCUCUCUUGUUUUGUUUUUAAUUAUGUUUUUAAUUUUGUUUUUUCUUCUGAUUCUUUUUUUUUAAGUGAUCCAUUUUAUCCUCUUUGUAUGCAACAAGGAAGGAAAUGAACAGUCUUGUUAACAGAAUUGUUUGUGUGUGUUUGGGGUGAGGGAGGGGGCAUGGAGAAAAGUCCUUAAAAAAUAAAAUACUGAACAUGUGUAAAAAUCCUGUAUCAUUUAUUAAAUAUGUAUAAAAGAGCAAUGUACUUCCGGAACAAUAAAUAACUAUUCAGUUUUUGAA